CUUAACCUCCAAAUUGCUCUUCCCCUCCCCUCUAUUUUCCUCUCUUCCUUCGAAAACAGAGUGUAAAAAACAGAGGAAAGAAAGUUUAUGGAAAACUGUGCUUUCCAUCCCACUUUUCCCUCCCCUCCCCUCCUUUUUUCUCCUUCUUGAACACAUUGUCAGUAAAUAAAAAACCUAACAGGAGAAAAUCGAAAUGUUAAGUUAAUUAAAAGAAAAAGAAUGCUCUCACCACAAAAAAAAAUUCAAUCGAUUACCGAAAAGAAAGAAAGAAUGCAAUCUGUUAGACUGUUACAUAUCCCACUCCCACUAAAAAGAAAAAGAAGGAAAUAACGAAAGCAUUGAAUCCAUUCCGUCCCGGUUAACAAUUAAAAUUAGAAAUUAUUUAUAGCCCAAUCACUGGACGCCAUGUGGGCUAGGAGCAGCAACGGGCGGCAACCCGGCUCUCUGCCAAGUUUCGCCCCUUUUCCCACCGCCGUUCCGUCCUCCCUUCCGGGGGACCAAACAAUGGCGAGAACCCAAGUUCGACUCCUCUUAUGGAAACGCCUUAAACCCUGCUACAGCUUCUCCCACCUCUCUUCCUCGCCGUCCGCCCUUAAACCCUACUCCACUUCUUCCGCCGCCGUGUCCUUAUCUUCCGACCUUCCGAAACCCUCUAUCCUUUCCGCCCGCAUUAGCUUCCUUUCCGAUCAAAUCGAUGCCAUUGAGCGCGAACGCGCCGGGAAGCACGAAACCCUGCAAAAUAUUCCAACUUGGCGCCGGUCCAAAACUGACAACCAGCAGCCUCAAAAUCAGGAACGGAGAGAAGAGCCUAGUUUCCGGAAACCUGAAGUAGUAGUAGUUAGCUCCUCGCAUGAUGAAGAAUCCGAUGCUGGGUACGGUUUUGAUGUGAGCAGUUCUGGGUCGGGUGUUGAGCUGGGUACGGUUUUGCAUCCGUGGCCGGAAUGGAUAGAGUUGAUGCAGAGAUUGGCUCUGCAGAAUUACUUCGAUCAUAAGAGGAGUACAGAAGAGGACGAAAUGGUUGAGAGUUUGGGAAUUGAUGAUGGCUUUGAAGAUGUGAAGGCAGCUGUUGAGAAGAAUGAGAUAGGUAUUGAUUUCGCUAAAGAUUUUAGAACCGUCCAGAAUGCUUUUGUCAAUUUCGGCAAAGACAGAUUCGAUAUCUUGAGGUCAUUGUCGAGAAAGGAUCUCCAGCUGUUGGUUGGCUAUGGAUGCCCAACUGCAGACAGAAGGGUCAUUAUGUCUGCCAAACUCCUGAGGAAGCAUGUCCACCUUAAUGAAGACGAUGUUUGUAGCAGCUGCAGCUUGAGGAGCUCGUGUGGGAAAGCAUUUCUGCUGACAAAUAAAGAGGAGGAAGCACACACCAUCGAUGUAUUGCGGGUUCUCUUGGCUUACGGCUCUGAUCGUACAAAUGAGUCGGUAACUUCCAUCAAAACUGUGGUCCGGAAGCUAUUUCACGAGAUUGUAAAGCUGAGUGGAGAUCCUAUCAAUCCGAAUCUCCCUCCUCCUGUGAUCAAGAAACCUCCUCCAAAAGUGAAGCAGCCUCCUACGCCGCCGAAGGUACAAGUUGGACGUGAUGAUAUCGAGAUGAAGAAAGGCGAUUGGCGCCUCAAAUGUGACUUCAUGAAUUUCACGAAGAACACUGCAUGUUUACAAUGUGAUGCCAAGAGGCCAAAGAGAGAGUUGCUUCCUGGAGAACGGGAAUGCCCUCAGUGUAACUUAAACUAUAGGAGAAACAUGGUAUGCCUUCAUUGUGAUUGCAAGCGUCCACAUGAAGAAUUCUUGGAGAAUAGAAUGGAGGAAAGGAAUCGUGAGCAGAAAACAAGGUUCGAGAAGGAUGCAACUCGUCCUGAAGUGUCGAAUGCCUGGAACUUCAAUUUAAAUGACGACGAGUCAGAUGGUGCAGAUGUUGCUGCUUUUGAGAAUGCAGACUCUGUAUUGAAUGAUCACGAACCUCCUAUGUCCGCUGCUCCAGCUCAGGGAGAAAACUUCAGAGACCGUGAAAUGGGUGCCAGAAAUCCAAGCAGGAUGGGGGAGACGCAUGUAGGUAUGAAGGCUUUGAAGGAUGUCCCAUCACCAAAUUUCUUGAGUUACAAUAUCGCAUUGUGUCACGUGUGCAAGUCGAAUGAUCUGGUUCAUAUUAAGGAUGUUCUGUGCAGGAUGGUGAGCAAGGGUUACUAUCCCACUGCUCAGACUUUUGAGACUGUUCUGAAUUGUUUCUGUAGGGUAGGUAACUUAGGAGGGGCAUUUCAAGUAUUGGGUUUAAUGGUUGUAUUGGGAGCUUCACUGUCUGUCAUGAUUUGGACUAAGUUGAUCGGUGGAUUCUUCAACUUGGGUGAACCUGUUAAGGCAGGUUUUCUGUUUAAGAAGAUGGUUGAGACGGGUUGUUCUCCGAAUGUAGUUACUUACACAACUCUCUUUAGAGGAUAUGUAGAGUCCGGAAUGGUCGAUGGGGCGUUUACUGUUUUGACUGCUAUGGAAUCUGGGGGUCUUGCUCCUGACCUGGUUCUUUGCAAUGUUCUGAUGCAUAGUUUGAUUAAGAUUGGGAGGGAAGAUGAUGCUGCAAGUUUAUUUGUAAGUAUGCUGAAAUGGAAUUUGGUACCUGAUUCUUUCACUAUGUGUUCUUUGCUGUCGACCCAAGGUUCUUCUAGAAACUUCCUCUUGUGGUUAAAGCUGCUUGCCAGGUUUAUCAUGUUAGAUGAUCCAGUUCUCUAUAACUCGUUGAUACAUUAUUGUUGUUAUGCUGGGUAUCCGUUUCUUGCUGAGUGGUUUUAUGAAGAUAUGGUAGAGAAAGGGUUCAUGCCAGACAACUAUAGUUUUGCUGGAUUGCUUAGAGCGCUAUGUGCACAAGGAAGAAGUGAUAAAGCCGUCAAUGUGUAUCUUGGACUUCUUAGGACUGGCCAUGAUCUUAACACUCGUGUGCAUACUGUAAUUAUGGUUUGUCUUAUACAAAGUGGUGACUUUGACAGGGCAAUAAAGUUGUUUAGGGAAGCUGUGGUGCAGAAGUACCCAUUAGAUGAUGUGUCGUACACAGUUGUCAUCCGGGGACUGUUUGAACGUGGGAGGACAGAAGAAGCAAUAAACUUGUAUGACAAAAUGAAGUCUGUUAAUUUGUCUCCUAAUGUGCAUACAUAUAAAGUAAUGCUUCAUGGGUUGUCCGUAAGGAGAGACCGUGAGAGGAUUGAGAAGUUGUUGGAAGAUAUUGUUGAGGCUAAGGUCCUGCUGGAUGAGGGGAUGCAAUGAGAAGGCAAUAAUGGAGGGGAAGUGCGAGGGCGGGUUCAAGAUUUCAAGACUGUUACUUGGACUGUGUGGGUUCUAAAGGCGGGCGGGAAUUGUUUCAGGGUGUAAAGAGCCCUACAAGGAUCUUGACGAAUAUGAGGAGAUGGAUGAGGAGAAAGAUCACGACUGCGAUGAAGAAGAGAAGGGAAAGAUCUAGCUCUGUGCUGUCCAAAUUUUGGACAAAUGGAUUUCAUUGCUGAAGUCUAUUAAGCGUAUAAGCCACCCGCCUGAGUUUGAUCACACCAAGUGCUUGAUCGAGACCAAAGGAACUAUGGGUCUGGUAACUCUGUGUGGUCUAAAUAUGGGUAUGGCGCCGGCGCUAGCGCCGGAGCUAAUGCAUUUGAGCAUUCCCAAAUUUCGGUGAGAAGUGUACAAGACCCUUGACCAGUAAAGUCUCUGUUUCUGCUGCGAUUCUCAGUCCGUACAGGUAUCCUCGACUCACUCUCUCUCUCAACCAGAAAGUUUGAUUCAGUUUGCUAAUUUUCAAAUUAAGGGCUUCAGUAUUUCAAUUAUGAGGAUUUUUUUUUUUUUGUUCCUUUUCUCUGUUUGCUCUCUGUAUUUCAAUGGAUGCGGCAAUUUAUUCUUGUACUAGGUCUUGUGAUGGCUGCUGUUUCCAAAUCAGUUAUAUUUCCAUCAAGUUCUUACUGUGUCACUUUUACCCUUGCUUAUAUCACCUGUGCCAUAUAUUCUCACUGAGCUAUCUUCUAAGUUGAUAUAAUAUAAUACUUCAGGUGGUACAUCUCUGGGGAAACAGCAUUGUGUCUGUGGACCGGCACCUUGUAUAUCACAUAUUUAAAGAUAACAUCUCGAGAUUUUGGUAUGAUUACUUGUUGAGAGCUUGUCUCUACUUGUUGGAGUUUGUUUUUAAAUGGAAUGAAACUAUGUUCUAAUUGACACUCCAUUCUUUCUAGGUGGAAGGAUGCAAUCGCCAUACUGCUGGUGAUUACUUUGUUAAUCUUCCUUGUAUUUCUACUUCUUCUCCUGCUCUUCCAUAGGUAUGUAAAUUCUGGCUUUUCCCCCACAAAUAGCUGGUGCUGUGUUUGUUGCAUUAUACCAUCACGCAACUCUCUUGAAAGCUAUUGUCUUUCACCUCUGGCCAUAAAAAUUUCCACCAUAUAUUACAGUAAACUUCCUUCUACUUCCUGAAAAGGUGAAGGAUAAAAGUCUCUAUUGCUGCAGGAAGUACCUUUCCCGAAAACGAACCUUUCGGAAGCAUUUAAACAAUCCACUAACUCUUGUUUCUGGUACAGCUAUCUUAUUUUCACCAACUAGACCACCUUUGAACUAGUAAGACGCUAGGCGGAUCCCAGAUUUGAGCUACCGUGUAAAGCUGCAUACUGAGGACCUUGCUUAGGUCCUGGCUACUUUUUCCAACAUGCCCUCUUGUUGAUCCACCGGGGUAUUCCUGAAACUGUGUAUCCCUUCAGUAAGGGAGUUCUGGGACAACUUGUAUGGUUUUUUGUUGUGCUCCUAGAAGCAUGUACAGUUUGGAAAAGAGCAUGCCUUCCAGGGUUGAACUUGAAGAGAGGUCAAGACCUUACACGUGCUUUGGAUAUUUUGACAGGCCGUUGCUGCCAAGAGCUUUGUUGCAUUGUAGAUUUACUCGUGUGCAGACUAUUCACGCUAGAGUCCAUUAGGAAGACAGUUUGUUCCAUCAAUCCAUUUGUCUCCUCUCUGGAAAAGAACAACACUUUUGCCGCAUCUUUAGAAGGAUCUGCAGGUAGGGUUAAGGCAAUUGUGUUCUUGACUUCAGUAUUGUUAAGUCUUGGUAAGUCAGGUACGUCAUAUUUGUGUAACUUUUUGUAUAUGCUAAUGAGGAUGGAGGAAAUUGAUUGUAUCACUGUAGUUUAACUGUAACUAUUUGCAAGCAAAGCAGCGAGACCAUUGUUACGAAUUGUAAAAUUAUGUCUCACCCUAUAUGAUAUUAAGACAUAUAUAAGUAAAUAUAUCUUAUUUUU